UUUCCCCCCUUCUCUCUCUGUUUCUCUUUAUCUGUGUUGAAGCUGAUACUGUUGAACUGCUUCUUCUUAGGCAGCAUCAAUGGUGGGAGAAUCAUCUCGCGGUACCGCUAAACGCCCCUUUGUGGAAGACGAUGACGAAUCCAACAAAAAGCCACCAGCAAAAAGGGUUAGGUUUCCAAAGGGUAAGAAAGUGAAGCCAGAAGAUGAAGUAGUGGCGAAAGCAAAUGUUGUUGGGGAGGAGAAUGCAAUCGACUUGACGAAUCCCCAUGUUGCUGCCAAAGAGCGGGAAAAAUACAGGAAUCAAUUUACUGCUGAACUCUUUAGUGAGGGCACUGGAGGUGUCUCAAAUGAGUUAUCGGCUGCUGAAGCGACAUACGAGGACAAUGAGAAUUUUGUUGAUGAUGGGAUUCAAAUUGAGCCUUUCAACCUAAAUAAAGAAAGAGAAGAAGGUUAUUUUGAUGAAGCAGGAAAUUUCGUUGAAUAUGUAAGAGAUAAUGAGAUCAAGGAUGCAUGGCUUGAUAAUAUUGAAGUUGAUCCAAGAUAUUCUGCAUUAAGCUCUGUAGCAACAAAUGAUGAGGAGGAGGUUGAAGACCUUUCUUCUAAAGAUGUUGGAAUCAUGAAGAGGCGCAUUGCAAAUGUUCUCGAACCAGGGGAAACGGUUUUACAAGCCUUGAGAAGGUUGAAAGGUAACAGUGACAGAAAGGCAAAAAUGUCUGCUGAGACUAAAAUUGUAUUUGACCAGCUAACUGAGGAUGCUAUGAAGCUGAUGGAGAAUGGUGAAUUCAAUGUUUAUCAUGAAAAGAAAGAGGUUUUUGAGCGUGAAGCAGAAGGAUAUGAAAAGUUAGCCCUGGCAAAAGGAGAAGGCACAUCUCUGCACUCAGGUGAAGGGAAUUCUUAUCUAAAUGGGGACGAAAAGUUACUCUCUGAUGAACUGGAUUCUGGUGUGGCCUCUGCAAUGUUCCACGGCACAGCCAUUGGCACUUCAAAUCCACAUUUGGCUAGUGCAGAAGUUUCUAAUGGUGCAGAUGAGUUCGAUAUGUUUGCAGAUGAUGAUGAGCAUGCUACUACCACCAAGUCCUCUACUGAUGAAAAUAAUGCAGUUAGUCAACCAUUAUCAGAUGCCAUAAAUUCUGGUACAGAGGGUGGAGCAGUGCAAAAUGAUUAUGUGUAUGACGAAUCUUCUGGAUACUAUUACAGCAGCAGUUUGGGCUAUUAUUAUGAUCCAAAUACAGGGCUUUAUUACUCUGCAGCGUCGGGACAAUGGUACUCAUUUAAUGAGGAGAGUAACACUUACGAUGAAGUUCACGAGGUUGCAUCUGAUGUGAGUUGAGGGACCCGUUCCAGGGGAGUAUACACUAUAACAAUCCACAAUCAUUGUCUAUCAGUGGCAUAUGUACAGACAGAAGCACUCAUACUUUUUUGCGAGACUUUCUUCUUACUUAGUUGCUACUGCUAGUUGCUAAGUUAUACAGUCGUUUCUCCUUGUUAAUGCAAAUUUUCGUGUAAAUUUUACACAGGAUAAGGGCGUGUAUUUGUUUUUGCGAAAAAAACAAAACAUUGUUCUAAUGUUAUGCAACCCAUUUCACCCAAAGGUCCACACUAGGUUUUUC